AUGUUGUGGUUGAUAGUAAUUUUAGUGACGUGCCUGUUAUUUUAUUCUCGGAAAAAGCUACAAUAUUUCUCGUCCAGAGGCGUACAUACUCUCCCGCCAAUCCCAUUGUUUGGCAACCUGACAGCUGUCACGUUUGGGAGGGAAAACUUCGUGGAGGCAAUUGCGAAUGGUUAUAACGCGUUCAGAGAUGAAAGAUAUUUCGGCCUGUAUCAAUACCUGGUGCCGACGCUCAUCCCUCGCGAUCCGGAGCUGAUCCGGCAGAUCAUGGUGCGUGACUUCCACGCCUUCUCCGACAGAGGAGUACACAUCGGAGCUGACUGCGACCCCCUAUUUGGUCGAAACCUUAUCAUGCUCAGAGGUUCAAAAUGGCGGUCCAUGCGAGUGGCGCUCUCGCCUGCGUUCUCAGCGUCACGCUGCCGCGCCAUGGCUCCUUUAAUGGCGGAGAGCUCACGAGCCGUCGUCCAACACCUGCGCGCGCGCAUCAACAAGGCGGAGCUUGUCGAUGUCAAUGAUAUAACAACAGCGUACGUGAAUGACGUCAUAGCGUCUUGCGCGUUCGGUUUUGCAGUGGACUCCCUGAAGGACCCCGACAACGUCAUCUUCCGACUGGGCCAGAAGGCCAUCGUGCAAGACACCACACAAGUUAUGAAGUUCUUUGGAUAUGAGAACAUGAAGUCUGUUAUGAAGUUGUUGAACGUGAAGAUCAUCAAAGGUCAUCACGCGGAGCAGUUCUCGCAGCUGUUCAAAUCGGCGCUGAACGCUCGCAGGCAGAACCUCGCGCAGCCGCGUCCAGACUUCAUUCAGAUACUCGUCGACGCCGCACAAGGCAAACAGAAGCAGGAUUCCCUGGAUUCUGAUGGCAAUAAUAACGAAGAUAAGGGUACUGAGAAAUUCUCUGACGACGACCUGGUAGCCCAAGCGGUACUGUUCUACGUAGCUGGAUACGACACCACGGCGAACCUGAUCAACUACUUCUUGUACGAGAUGGCUGCCAACCCUCGAAUACAGGAGCGGCUGCAGAGAGAAUUAGAUAGUUUGAGGGGGCUCGAGGGGGAUGAUCAGGGGGAUAUCUAUGAGCAAGUCCAGGGAUUGGAGUAUUUGGACAUGUGUGUCAAUGAGGUGCUGAGAUUGUGGCCACUGGUGGGCUCAGCAGACCGGCGGUCAGUGCAACCUUACGAUUUUGGGCCAACGCACCCUGGAAGCAAACAUCGACUCGUUGCCCCAGCAGGCAUCCACGUGUGGUUACCAAUCCACUCCAUCCACCGCGACGAGAAGUACUGGCCGAGGCCUGACGAGUGCGACCCUGACAGGUUCACUCCAGAGAACAAGGCCAAGAUUGUGCCUUACACGUAUCUGCCGUUCGGUACCGGGCCCAGGCAUUGUAUUGGGUCGCGUUUCGCGGUGCUAGCAGCGAAGGUGUUCCUGUUUCGGUUCCUGCGACAAUAUGCCGCCAGCUCGCCACAAGCUUCACGACGACUCUGCCCGCGCGCCUUCAUCCUGCGCCCUAAGGACGGGUUCAGCGUUAUACUACAACCUAGAACUUAGAAUUUUGAAUACUUAUCUAAUUAUUUUUUUUCUUUAAAUAUCAUAAUCGACAUCUCCCUAGCAUUAUCCUGUUUUUCACAGGUUCCGCUUACCUAACCUGAACAUUUGACAGGUCCGGGUUUUACAGAAGCGACUGCCUUUCUGACCUUCCAACCC